GCGUGGUGAUGUCUUGGCCUCCUGCUGUAUUGGACCGGGCCGGGCUGGGCCUAUGCCGCUGGAACAGUUGCUCAAUUCGUCUGGGUAUCUCUGAGGGCUGUGGAUAUUAAUCCCAUGCUCUCUUUCCCAACGUUGGCCAGGAUGUGACCUGGCAAGGGAAUCAUUAACAGGAUGCUACCCAAUGGGACUGACGGUUAUCGCAGAGCCAUAAGCUGGAUCUGAUAAACCAGGUGAAACUCGCAAGUCAAAAUGCUUAAAGCCAGCCAGAGUUGCGGAGUUCUCCGUUCAGGACAUUUGGGGGGUGAAGCUAAGUCGGAAGAAGAAGAGCAGAUGACUCUCUGGCGAUCAUUGGGAAACCGGAUGCUCAAAAUGUUUUUUGGUAUUUCGCAUUUCAAAUUUUCGUCCUAUGAAAAAUGGCAAAUUUUGCAGGAGGAUUGGGUGAAAGUGAGUAUAUUUGCAAAUUUGGCGUUAGUCCUUAUUAGCUGUACUUGAAAGGGAGAGAUGAAGAAUCGCAGGAACCAUCACCACUACUUUGAAGUGCUAUUCGUUCGUCUGAAUUGUAAUUUCGGGUUUGGUUUCUAACAUUCGGUACUAUUUUAGUCCUUGAAGUUUUGAUAGGAACAAAUUUAGUUCAGCACUUGGUAUUGAUUAUCUUAUCUACAGUGAGACGAUGGAUGGAUUUUCUCGCGAAAUUAGUUACAUACAGUCACAUGUUCGUUAAAUUAAUUUUGUUUUAAUAAAAAAAAAGUGGAACAAUAGUUAAUUUUGAACAAUUACAAAUGUGAUGGUACGGGAGUAGUUAAUUAAUCAAGUAGUUAAAGAGAAGUUUUAUUACCGAUGGCAUGUUUUUGCUUUGUGACUCUUCUGGCACGAAUCGAGAAUGCAAUCUCUGAAAGACAUAGUACCAGCGGCGGAGAACAAUAUAAACGCCAGGUUCAUCUUGUUGGAGAAAGGGAAGGCGACGGUGGAAGGGCAAAAGAAGACAUGCUUGGCCCUGGUAGCCGACGAGACUGCGGCAGUGCACUUUGAGCUGUGGGGGGAGGAGUGCGAUGCAUUUGAGGGCGGUGACAUUCUCAGUUUGCGUAAUGGGAUAUUCUCGUACAACCGGAACAACAACCUUGUGCUGAGGGCUGGCAAGCGAGGACAGGUUCAAAAGGUAGGAGAGUUUAGCAUGGCUUUUGUUGAAACGCCCAAUAUGAGCGAGAUACGCUGGCUGCCGCCGCCUCAUAAUUCUUCUACUGCUGCUGCUAAUGCUUACGUCCAGGAUGCCGUCGUUUCCCCCCACUCCCGUAUUUUUCCUCCAAUCUAACUGAGGAGUUUUCUUUUACUAGUACUUACUUUGACGACUUUUCAAUUUUAAGCCCUGGAUUGAAUCUUGAAUUAGCUAUAUGAUGCUUCCGCAUACCCUGUUCAGUAGUCCAUUUGCAUGCUUGAAAACUCGAGUGUUUGUAGUUGCGAAAAUCUAUUGAUAUUUUCUAUGCUUUGGUUUUGAU